GCGUACAAGAUGGCUGAUUGUUGUGAUAGUGAGUUUAUUUUGAGAGGUUAAUGUGACUUCCUUUAUUUUAAGUCAUGGUGAAUUAAGUUUUCAAGUAUGAAUAUGUGAUUUAUUCGUGGCUUAUCACAAACUGUUCACUUCAUUCUCAUAACAGAACUCUUGAGUACCAUCUCUAUUUUGUGAGAGUUUUGAAGUAUGGCUGGUAAGGAUGGAGGCGAUGAAGUAGUGAAACAAGGUCUGAUGGUGAAAAGGUCACAGAAUAAAAAGAAAUUUACUCCAGUCAACUAUAAACAGCGGUGGUUUGUCCUGACUCGAAGUUACCUCAUCUACUACGACACAGACGGCGAGGACGUGAAUUCCGAGUGCCUCAGAGUAAGCAAAUCCUCUGCAGGGUUGGCUGAUUUGUCCUGUCUACACAGUCUGCACAUUCUCUUAAGUAGGCAACGCCGUAAAGAACGCGGCCGUAUCGAUAUCGGUUCGGUUCAAGUGGUGGAGUCUGCACAACUCUCUGGUAGUGGUGCAUCGUCUACCGGCGGUGCAGGUGGCGGUGACAUCAGUCUAGUCCUAGACGGUGUGACGCAUCCCGCUGGAUUUCCUUUCCAAGUCGGCUACCAGGAAGGUGGACAGGAAUACACCCUCUACCUCUUGGCUAAUCGAGAUCAAGACAGGGCCGAGUGGAUCCGAGCUCUGAGGGCAGUUUGCUCAGAGAACUCGUGUCUGAGCGAGAGAUUCCACGUGGGUCUGUGGAGCGGAAAACGUUGGACCUGCUGUCGUCUUUCAAAUCGUUCUGCGGACGGCUGUGAUUCUUGUACCUCUUGGUCCCGGACAGCAUCGACGCUUGGCCUCAACAGAAACGAACCUGUCGAGUCCAUCAACAAUAACCCAGCUGCCCUUGCCAGACUUGCAGGUGUUCCAUCCGCACCAAACAUGCCAGGUGGAGUCCCAGGAACCCCUUCUUCCAAAGCUAAAGAGAAACUGAUGAUCAGGCCAAAAGUGGUUGUGGCUUUGUACCCAUUUAAAGCAAUUGAAGGGGGUGACCUUUCUCUUGAGAAGGGUGCAGAAUAUGAGGUGCUAGAUGAUUCACAGGAGCAUUGGUGGAAAGUAAAGGAUGAACAAGGGUCAAUAGGCUACAUUCCAAGCAAUUAUGUGAAAGAAAAAGAACUGCUAGGGUUGCAGAAAUAUGAGUGGUAUGUUGGCGAUAUGUCUCGUCAAAGAGCUGAAUCCAUUUUGAAGCAAGAAGAUAAGGAAGGUUGUUUUGUAGUUCGUAAUUCUUCUACAAGAGGUCUCUAUACACUCUCUCUUUAUACAAAAGUUUUUCACCCACAUGUAAAACAUUAUCAUAUCAAACAGAAUUCCCGGGGUGAAUUUUUCCUGUCUGAGAAACAUUGUUGUGGAUCUAUACCAGACUUAGUCAAUUAUCAUAAGCACAAUAGUGGAGGUUUAGCGUCAAGACUUAAGACUAGCCCAUGUGAUCGACCCGUACCAGCAACAGCAGGUCUCAGCCAUGACAAAUGGGAAAUAGAUCCUCAAGAACUGAUGUUACUGGAAGAACUGGGUUCAGGUCAGUUUGGUGUAGUUCGAAGAGGCAAAUGGCGUGGUUCCAUAGACGUAGCAGUCAAGAUGAUGAAGGAAGGCACCAUGUCUGAAGAUGACUUCAUAGAGGAAGCCAAAGUUAUGACUAAACUUCAACACCAGAACCUAGUCCAGCUGUAUGGAGUGUGCAGUAAACAUAGACCUAUUUAUAUUGUGACUGAAUACAUGCGCCAUGGAUCUUUAUUGAACUAUCUUCGUCGACAUGAAACUACACUGGAACGAAAUGUUGACAUGCUGCUUGAUAUGUGUAUACAGAUUUGUAAAGGAAUGGCAUACUUGGAGAGGCAUAACUACAUUCAUCGAGACUUGGCGGCUCGUAAUUGCUUGGUUGGCUCAGAAAAUAUUGUGAAAGUUGCUGAUUUUGGGCUUGCGAGGUAUGUGUUGGAUGACCAGUACACAAGUUCUGGAGGAACAAAAUUUCCUAUCAAAUGGGCUCCACCUGAAGUCCUAAACUAUACACGCUUCUCCUCCAAGUCCGAUGUUUGGGCUUAUGGUGUGCUCAUGUGGGAAGUGUUCACAUGUGGGAAGAUGCCAUAUGGAAGACUGAAGAACACUGAGGUGGUGGAACGGGUUCAGAGAGGCAUUGUUCUAGAGAGGCCUAAGGCUUGUUUCAAGGAAGUUUAUGAGGUGAUGAGAAAAUGCUGGAGUCAUUGUCCUGAGGACCGCCCAUCAUUUCGUAUGCUCAAAGAACAGCUCAUCAGUGUAUCACAGGGUUUACUGGCUGAUUGACUCUCCCUUAUCCACUGCACCCUAUCCUCAACAGUAUCACCAAACCCUUCUCCAAAUUGCAAUCCUAACCCUCCAGGACCUCCUUCUCCUACUCUUGCUGCUACUUCUCCAGAGGCAUGCAUUUUCUGUGCCUCCUAUAGCAGUGGACCUCCCUGGAUUGAGAUUUGCCGUGCCAUUCAGGCCACAAGACGCAAGUGAGGGCAUCCAGAUAAUCAUUCUGUUUUGUAAGUCUUUGGAGUAAGCUUGGAUUUGUAUGUCAGCAGUAUUGAGAUGUGCAAUGUUAAAUGUACUGGCCUGCAUGUUUUCAUGUUUUUGCUGGACAUACCAUGUCUGUUUCUCUGGUUUUAUAUUCAGGAGAAGGUUUUUUUAUUAUUAUGAUGUAGCACAUUCUGGUUACAAGAGACAGUUGAUUAUAUAGUACCUUAGAAAUGUUAAAAUUUCCUGUACUAGUAUCAUUCAUGAGACAUGUCACUCUGGUACGAAAGCUUCUGUUGUCAUCAUUUAAAAAAUUAAUUCAUGAGGAUGAUAUUUUUACAUGGAUUUAUCAUUACAGCUUAAGAAAUAUGAAAGGUCACAGUUUUCAAACUACAGCAAAGUCUUUUUAGUCUAGUCAUUAUUAUGACUUUUUCACAUAUAUGAUACUUUUAGUUUUAUGGGUUCCAACCCCACUUCUAUAAAUAUGUACUUUACCAAUUCCUCCCCCACACAAUUUCAGUCUUAAAAACUUUCAUGGUGUAUCCAUUACAACUACAAUUUAUUUCUAAAAUCAGACUUGUUUCAAAAGCAUUAUCUGUUCAAUUUCACUAUUAGUAAAUCUAUGAAAAACUUCUUUUGAGAGAAUCAUAAUUUGGAUACAAAGGUUACACAUUGCACUGGACAGCAAGUGGAGAGCCAGCGUAGCUCAGUCAGUAUAGUGACUGACUAUGGACUGGAUGACUGGUGUUUGAACCCCGAUAGGUGCAGAGGAUUUUUCCUCUAGCCUCUGCAUCCAGACCAGUUCUGGGGCCCACUCAGCCUCCUAUCCAAUGGGUACCAGGGUCCUUUCGCAGGGUUAAAGAGCAGCCGGGGCAUGAUGCUGAACACUCACCCUCAUCAAGUGCUGAGGUCAAGGUGAGUAGGAGCUUUACCUUCUCCCCCCUCUCCCAAGCAUCUGUAUGGCAUAUAGUGGGACACCUCUCUAUCCCCCACCCCUUUUUUAACACUGGACAGCAAGUUUAUUAAAAAUAUGCUUAAGACUGAUUGCUCCUUUGAACACUGGCCUUUUAUAAGCAUAGGAGAAGCUCUAUCAGUUUAUAAGUUUAUAAUCUGAUAUGUUUCCUGAAUGAAUAAAUUGAGUUGUCCUUAGAACCAGUUCUAAUGUGACAUUUAAUUAGCAACAUUAUGAAAACUGAUGUUAAUCGUGCCUACAUCUACUAGUCACUGGACAGAGAAAUGUUACUGUCAAUACAGUUUGGGAAAAUGGAUAACACUGGCUGUCCGUGUGCCGUACAGGUAGUGAAUGUUUGGUUUAAGUAGUACAGUAAAAUGUACAACUGUCAAAAUGGCUGUGAGGAAUAAAAUUUUUUGUAUACUAGAGCAUUCCUUAAAAAUGUUUGGUCAAAGAGUAUGUCAAGAUUUUAUUACUUUAGAAAUCUGUUGAUAUAAUUUUAAUUACAGACAUCUAAGCAGACAUAAGUAUAUUAAAUUGUUAAGCAUAUUACUGUUUUGACUUUUUUGUAACACACUCUUGUUUCUGUUAAUUCUGUAUUUCACUGAUUAACUUUCCUUUUAUCAGAUGACAAACCACACAUUUUCCAAUAAAAAGUGGAUUUAAUCUAGUUUGUAGUUCUCAUUUUUGUAAUCCUAUAAAUUGAUAUAUUAAGAUAUUCUUUAUCUGCACUUCAUUUUGAUCCUUAUUGUGUUGCAUAAUGUUUAGCAUGAAUGAGAAAUAGCAAGAUUUAUCUAGCAGAUUUCUGUAGUGCAAGAAGGAAACUAAGUGUGUGUAAUACAAUAAAGUGAACACAGUAUUAUAAGUUUUGCAUAAUUGUUUAAGCUUAAAAUUAUAAAAGUUGAAGUUGAUGAAAUAUAUUGUGUGACUGAAAGAUAAUUGACUGUUAAGUUACAGAUUUUUAUAUGCUUACUAUGCCCAUGUUUUUUCUAAGAUUAUUUAAUUGCAGUGUUAGCAAUUGAUUGAAGUUUCUUAAUCAGAUUGCAUAGCAGCACAUGUAUGUAUCUCAUCCCAAUUGGUAUGUGGUAUAAGAUGUGUAUGGUAUAUUCAGUUGUUAGGUUCUCUAGUGUCUCAGGUUCAGUAGGAAAGAAUUAUGUUUAGUUGUGUCAUAUGUCAGGGGAACAAGGGAAGAUCAUAAUCUGGAAGUAAUAUGUUCCUGUGAUACAUUGUUAUCCAUCUACAGGACCACACAAGAUCAUAAACCAGAACAUAAUCUAUAGUUCUACCACUGUGGAAACCUCAAGUCUCAUAUGGAUUUCAUGUAGCUUCCAUUGUUUGUGUACACUGCACAGAAGAAUUCUGAGCAUACAAAAUUACAGGAUCCGAUAGUGAGCAUUGAUAUUGUUGCCCUCAAUUGCCAUGUUAGUUGCAAAGAAUAAAAAUAUAUGAUUUACAGUGGUAAGAUCCACAUGAAAUUUGUCAUGGAAAUUUACCAGGUGGUUCAAAAGUUAAUAUUCGGAAGAUAGAAAUUAAGAGACUAAAAGCAAAUCAUCUUCAAUUUUAGUAUUAUAUUGUGUUGCUUGUUUCACCCUUAUUUUUAAUAUUGCUGAUAGAGUCAACUUGUGAAGAAAUUGGUGACCUAAUAUCUGUAUUUACAAAUCAGAAAGUAUUACAAUAACACAAAAUCAUCUUUUUUAAUGUCAAGUUUCAAGAUGCAGGCAUUUUCCAAAAUUGAAUACUCAGAAACAUAAAGUUUUCUCUGUUUAUGCUUAAAUGAAAGGGCACUUCAGACAUAAAGGAGUGAAAAUGUGUACCAUUUCUGAUUGCUUUCCUCUGAUUCUGUCUAAUGGGAAUGAAUAAAAUUCUUUGAUUAGUGCAGUAAUGGUUCAAGUUUAUAUAGUGCCAUGAUCAUUAGACAGUAUUCUAUUCACACACAUGCCAGCAUCUAGGCUACAAAACAUAUCAUUAUGAAAGACUUAUUCAGAGUUCUGUCAGUCCCUGCUAUAAAAGUACACCAAGUCCUCAUUUUGUAAACGUUUGAUUAUAUUUUCAUAUUUCAAAAAUCAAUUUCUUUUCUGAUAUUUACAGUGAAUUUUUACUGAGAUAAAAAUUCACCAUUUGACAGGGACUCUGAGGUUUUCUCAGAACCUCAGGCUUUAACGUAUACAUAUAAAUGAAUUCAUCCACCAUCACUCAGUGUCAAAUAUUACUGUUUUAAAAUUACAUGUAUGUGUAAUAUAGAUAUACUCCUUGUACUGUUAUGUCUAAUAUCAUUGCCUUUAAUGAAGAGGAAAUUAAUUUUUGUUUAUAAAGUUUUGCUUAAUGAACAGCUUUCAAGAAACUCAUCACCUUCUUAAAAUGAGGAGUUUAUGUGUGGCAUUUUGUCUCCUUACCAUUUUAUGAUAUGGUACAGCAAUGAAGUGUGUACAAACAGUGGUGUUUAAUGUGGGUUGGAACUGUUACUGUUUGUUUCUGUGUUGUAAAAGGACCUAUACCAACCCAUUGCACCAUGACUGAAACAUCUUGGGCAUUGACAGUGAAGAAUUUCACAGUGCUGUUUUCUCAUCACGUUCUUCUACAGGAAAUUUCUUAAACUAGGUAGUUUCAUCAGAACAUAUGUUAACCACUCGGUUUCUUAUAAAUGACAAUAUGUUUAUGAAGCACAAUUGUUCUGUGUAGGAACCUGAAGUUGAUGUUGGUGAUUUGUAUAAUCUGUGCCAACCAAGGCAGCCAAUUCAGUAUUAGAGUACUUAGCAGUAUGGCAUAAUGUAACAUGCUAGAAUUGAACUCUGUUUUGUAUAACUGAAAGUAGUUGUAUAUACAACUACACCAUAUCUACAGAUGUUUGUAAUACAGCCUUAGUGAUAGAUAAGAAAGUCCGAUUAAAGUAGUAUUACUGUCAUAAAAUUUAGCUCAAUAACUGCCGUUGAUUUGUGAUAAAUACUGUAUUACUAUGUUUAUACAACAAUACCAGAAUUUUAAAUGAACUGUA